AUGCGCACCACAGUGAAGUGGUCAGAGACGUCAGCCGGAAAGAAUGAGCCUAGGCCCCCAAUCUACAGCGUUUGCUACAGUCCAGCUGGGGACACCAUCGUGGCCUCUUGCGGUGUUCGGGUGCUGAUGUAUGACGCAACAACGGGUUCUGUUGUGCACUCUCUCAAAGGGCACACGGACACUGUGUACUCUGUCAGCUACUCAUAUGAUGGUAAAAAUUUUGCGAGUGGUGGUGCUGACAAAACCGUCAUUGUCUGGACCAACAAGGGCGAGGGUGUACUCAAGUACCAGCACAGGGAAUCCGUGCAGGCGUUGGCAUACAACCCAUCGACAGGACAGCUUGCUUCAGUGGCUUCCACAGACUAUGGCAUCUGGUCUCCGGAUCAGGCUAAAGUGGGAAAGAACUCGCUACCGUCCAGAGGACUUUGUGCUUCAUGGACUCGUGAUGGGCGGACGCUAGCCAUGGGGCUUUUUGAUGGUACCAUCGUUUUGGUGUCGCCAGCCACUGGGGAGAAGGUGUUGAUACAGCGGAAUGCACCUGUGUGGACGUUGGCCUUUUCGCCCUUGACGGAGAAUGGUACAGAUACUCUCGUCGUAGGUUCCUGGGAUCGUCGAAUCUCCUUCUACUGUAGUCAAGGGAAACCCAUAGGCAAAGAGAAGGAGCUCCCCUGUGACCCUUGCAGCAUAUCCCAUUACGGGAAUGGAGAAUUUUUGCUGAUUAGUGGGAGUGACCAUCAGGUGACGCUUUACACAAAGGACGGUAACAUGCUUGUCAAGGUGGCGGAAGCGGAUGAUUGGGUUUGGUCCGCGCAGCAUCGCCCAAGGCACCCACAGGUUUGCUGUGGCACAAAUGAUGGCAGUAUCAGUGUUAUUGAGAUUGCCAUACCAGCAGUGCAUAGUAUUUACCUAGACCAGUAUGUGUACCGUGAUAUGAUGACAGAGAUUGUUGUACACCAGUUAACUCUCGACAAGAAACUGCGUAUUCCCUGUAAUGACUACGUUCGAAAAUUAGCCAUGUACAGGGAUCGACUCGCAGUUCAGCUUCAUGAUAGAUUUGUCAUCUUUGAACUAUUUUACGAUGAUGAGAGGCAGAUGCGGUUUCAGGACAUUGCACACAUUCGAAAAAAAUUAGAUUGCAAUCUUCUUUGUGUAACCUUCAAUGCAAUCCUAAUCUGCUAUGAUCGACGGUUGACCAUGUACGACUUUCAAGGCAAUAAACGUCGUGAGUGGGCGAUUGAAAGCUCAGUCCGCUACAUCAAGGUGAUUGGUGGCGCUGAAGGGAGAGAGGGUCUCCUGCUUGGACUGAAGAAUGGUGUAGGAUUGCGCAUCUUUGUUGACAAUCCUUUCCCCACCACAUUGGUAAAGAUCAAUACUUCUAUUCGCUGUCUUGACCUCAGUUGUACCCGCACAAAACUCGCCGUUGUUGACGAUAAUGGCCUGCUGCAGGUAUUCGAUCUUCGGAACAAAAAUGAGGUGCUCUUUUCAACUCCAAACACUGGGGCGGUGUCAUGGAACUCGGAAUACGACGAUAUGAUUAGCUACACCACAUCUGGUAACACCUUGAAUAUCAAAACCGGUUCCCUCCCUCCUUACCAGCAGAAAAUGUCAGGCUUCGUUGUAGGGUUCAAGGCAAACCGUGUCUAUAACUUGAAUACCACUGUCAUUGAUAUGGUGGAUGUGCCACACUCGCACGCCUUAUACCGUUAUGUGGAGAAAAAAGAUUUUGACUCUGCCUACCGUAUUGCGUGCCUUGGUGUCCCAGAGGGAGAUUGGAAGAUGCUUGGUAUGCAUGCCAUGACCCAUCUCCGGUUAGAUAUCGCACGGAGGGCCUUUAUUCGGAUUCGUGAGGUGAAAUUCGUGGAACUGCUGAACCGACUGGAGUUAGAACGGCGUCAGAGUAGCUCGAAGGGGGGUGCAGAAGGUGAUGGCCUUCUUAUGGGGGAUAUCCUGGCCUUCCAAGGCAAAUAUCAAGAGGCUGCACGAUACUUUGUUAAGGCUGGACAUGAAAACCGAGCUAUCGAUAUGUUCUGUGACUUGAAGAUGUGGCCAGAAGCAAAGAAGGUAUGCAGUAAUGAGUUACAUUUGAAGGAAUUAAUUCGACAGCAGGCGCGAUGGGCUGAGGACUCCCAGAAUUAUGUUGAGGCAGCCUCCUUGUACCAGGCGUGCGGUGACCCAGCCAAAGCGAUCCAGAUGAUGUGCUUCGCAGGUCAGGUUGAGAAGCUAUUGGAGAUGUGUCGUGAAUUACCCAAAUCAGAGGUAGCCCUCAUCACAGAGUGCGCCAACUACUUUAAGAAGAACGGGGCCACACAAUAUGCACUGGAUGCGUAUGAAAAGGUGGGCGAUAUUCGCUCUCUCAUCGCCCUUCACGUGGAGGUGGAGGAGUGGCGGAAGGCCUUUUCGCUCCUCGACCGCUACCCACAGUAUAUACGCGACGUGUACAUCCCGUGGGCCAACUGGCUGGCAGAUGGUGGCCACUUUGAAGAGGCACUGGAAGCGUAUCGUCUGGCGAAGUGGCCCAAGGAGGCGGUACGCAUGAUGGAGUCACUUGCUGCUAACAGUGUGAUUUGCCGCAAAUACCGCGAUGUCGCGUUUUACUAUAUUCACCUUGCGAGAGAGUACGGUGUGUUGGAGGAUGGGCAACAGCUGACAGAGGCGCAAUGGGCAAGUCGUAUCAAACUUAGCGCUGAAUGUGUUCGGCGGGCGAAUAUUUACUACGCCUAUCAUUUCAUCUACUCACACGUGACGCAGCCAUUCCCGUACAAUGAAUUGGCGUUACUUAACUUGUCCAGGUACGUAGUUUCUAUGAUCAGCAGCUCGGAUGUACCUCUAAAUGUGGGAAAAGGUGAGGUUUUGUACACAUUUGCCCGUAUUGCGAAGCAGUUAGAUAUGACGCGCACUGCACGUGUGGCGUUUGAACGCCUACAGAGUGUUGUACUCCCAGUAAAAAUUAUGGAGCAGGUGGACAUUGAUAGUCUUCAAAUACGCAGCAAAGUCUAUACUGACAAGGAGGAGCUCCUGGACGUAUGCUACCGCUGCGGACAGACAGUGCCGCAACUGACGAUUGCAGGUGACCGCUGCCCCAGCUGUGCUCACCCCUUUGUUCGCUCGUUUGUGCAGUUUGAAAGCCUUCCGCUUGUAGAGUUCUCACUGUCGAAUGACCUCAGCGACGCAGAAGCGGAGCGCAUCAUCUUGGCCGGUGCUGGGCGGAAGUCUGGUGAACAGGGCGAGGAUAAAACCGACAAAGGCAACGACACCUGGAAGUCUGAAACAGGGGCUGAUGUAAUGACGUUCCCUGGGGAAGAGGACAACAUUGACGUUAUGAUAGAUCAUCAAAUGGCAGCCCUUGGAAGAGGUCCUGCAAAAGGAACCGAUCCUUUCCAGGCGCAGCUUCCGUACGUCAGAAGGCCCGGCCGAACAAGUGGUGAAUAUCACCCUUUCAUUGUGAAUGCGGAGACUCUCCGGCGGAUGCGUCGCGAUGAAUUGUUUAUUGUGAAGGCAGGGUUUGGAACACUGCCGGUGCAGAACAAAUACUACCGAUUGGUGAACCGCAGUGUUGGCAUCAUCCUCUGUCCUGGGUGCCAGCACUUCUUCAAGGAUGAUCACUACGAGUAUGAGUGCAUGAAGGGAAAUGGCUGCCCGCUCUGCCGCUACAAGAUGGGCCGACAGCAAGAGCGCUCUAUGAAGAAGAUUCUCGAUGAUGUUCUGAGCAAAAUGGAAUAG